AUGAACAGUUUCAAAUUGUGUGUGUUUUUGGCACUUUGUGUCACAGCUUUGGCAAGACCCGGAAAUUUCGGUAUGCCAAUGCCUGAACCACCAUGUAUGCCAGAAAUGCCAGAAAUACCAGAACUGCCAGAACCACGUCUUCCUGAAAUGCCAGAACUCCCAGAACCAUGUCUACCUGAAAUGCCUGAGCUUCCUGAACUUCCAGAACCAUGCAUGCCAGAAAUUCCAGAACUUCCUGAACCAUGUCUACCAGAAGUCCCAGAACUUCCUGAACCAUGCAUGCCAGAAGUCCCAGAACUUCCCGAACCAUGUCUUCCUGAAGUCCCAGAACUUCCUGAACCAUGUCUACCUGAAGUUCCAGAAGUUCCUGAACUUCCAUGUCCUCCAGAAGUUCCUGAAUUACCUGAGCCAUGUGUACCAGAAGUUCCAGAAUUACCUGAACCAUGUGUACCAGAAGUUCCAGAAUUACCUGAGCCAUGUGUACCAGAAGUCCCAGAAGUUCCAGAAAUCCCAUGCCCAGAGCCUGUUCCAGAAUUGCCUUGUCCUUAA